AUGGAAGGUUACUUCGCAGUAGAAACUAAAUCCAAGAAAAGGUUCUUGGCAGUCUUUGGCCUAUUGGCCAUCGUCGGAGUUGUGGCAACCGUUGCAGUUCUAUCAGGACCAGCCCAAACUCCAGCAAUUACCCAACUCCAGAUGGAGGAACAAGAAUUCUCUGAAUUCAUUGCCAAAUACAACAAGCUCUACGCUAGCGAAGAAGAAUACGCUCGCAAGUUCAAGAUUUUCAGAGACAACUCAGCCUACGUCCGUGUCUUCAACGGCCAGGGAAAUACCUAUUUCCUUGGAGUCAACGAGUUCGCAGACUUAACCUUCGCUGAAUUUAAGAUGAUUUACACUCCUCGUAAAUUCCAACCAAUUGUCGACGCUGAAGUUGCUGAAUUUGACGUCUCUGCUGUCCCAACCCAAGUCGACUGGACCCAAAAAGGAGCUGUUACCGCAGUUAAAAACCAAGGGCAAUGCGGAAGCUGUUGGUCAUUCUCAACUACUGGGUCUACUGAAGGUGCAUGGUUCUUGGCCGGCCACACCUUGACUUCUCUAUCAGAGCAACAACUUAUGGAUUGCUCAUAUAGCUUUGGAAACGAAUCCUGCAAUGGAGGAGAUAUGACAGCUGCAAUGAAAUACAUCAUUGCUAACAGAGGAAUUACAACUGAAGCAAACUACCCUUACACUGGUAAGUAUGGUCUUUGCAACAAGACUAACUCGCCCUCCUCCAUGAGCGAACAAAAAAAUUUUGUUUGCUAUGGAGGAUUAAUUUUUUUUUUUAAAUUUAUUAGAGUAAUUUUUUUUUUUCAAAAUUAAGAAAAUUCCAAUUUGCAAAAAAUUGAAAAGCAAAAAUUAAUUUAAUUUGCGAAAUUUAUAUUUUAAAAUGCAGGCUAUUUAAAAUUAAUCAGAAUUUUCUAGAGAUUUAGUUAUAAUAAUUAUCAUUUAUGUAUCAAUUUUUUUUUCCAUAAAAAUAUUUUUUUACUCACAGAGGGUGGUUUUUGCAAAAAUAUAGGGAUUUUUCAAUGGUUUUGUUUCACUCACGGAGGGGAGUAAGGAAAAGGCAGUUGCAGCUACCCUUUCUGGCUACAAGGCAGUCCAAGCAGAUAACACUGAUCAACUCUACGCUGCAGUCGCUCAGCAACCAGUCUCAGUUGCUGUUGAAGCUGACCAAGCUGCUUGGCAACAUUAUAAGGGAGGAAUUGUGAGUAAAGACUGUGGAACUGCUUUAGACCACGGAGUCUUAAUUGUUGGGUACAACCAGGUUAACUCUCCUCCAUACUGGAAAGUUAAGAACUCUUGGGGUGACGCCUGGGGUGAAGCUGGAUAUAUCAGAAUUGCAGUCGUUGCUGGACAAGGUAUUUGCGGUAUCCAGAUGCAACCAGUAUACCCAAUAGUUUAA